AUGCCACGACACCGGCCCCAAGGGCGGAGCGUUAAGCGGAGGGUCCGCACGGGCUGUAAAACCUGCCGCGCACGGAGAGUCAAGUGCGACGAGAGCAAGCCCCGGUGCCAGAACUGCAUGCAACGGGGUCUUGCGUGUGACAAUAGUGUCCAGUUAAAAUGGGAGCAGGAAUUCGAAAGUCGCGGUUUGGCUUUUGGCCGGCAGGGCAGAUGGACUAAAAGCCGGACACCGCCAUCUGAUGCUACGAUAGAGGCCAUGGUCGCUGACUCGGCGAUGCAGUGGUGCAGCUUUCCAUUGGUGCAGUUCCAUCACUUUAUCAAUUUUGACUAUGGUGAUUUUGACGACAUCGAUUCGGGCCAGGAAUGUGAUGUGGGCAUUGAAGGUACAAGCGAUACUAGCGUGGUUGGUGCUCGGGCAGCUGGGCGAAUCCUUUCAUCGCCAAGUGUCUAUCCUCAUCUUGCCAACAUCGAUGGUCGUCUGCUGGAAUAUUAUCUGACCCGGCUUUGCCCACUUACCACCUCAUCUCGCCGUAACCCCUCGCCUUUUGCUCAACUUGUUGUCCCCCUUUUCAGCAUCCCCGGCCAGGAAGAUGUCCUCCAGGCUGUUCUAGCAUUGUCAGCUCGACACAGGAGUGUCAGCGACGCGCAGUGGUCUCGGUCCGCCAUGACGCUGAAGGGUGGUGUCAUUACUUCUCUCCGUAAUAGAAUCCUCGCUGCGGGCAGCCCGGACUCGACGUGGGACCCACAGAUUCUCGUUAUGAUGAUGUUCCUAUGUCUUUACGAGAUCGUCGACAAUUGUGACCACCGUUGGGUGAUUCACCUCCGCGCCAGUAAAGAAGUCAUCCGACGAAGCAGGCAGCUCGACAAAACAAAGCGACGCAAAGCGGAUCUCCUCGGCGGUCUAACUGAAUUCACAGAACGUUUCUUCGCCUUCCAAGAUGUCAUCAGCAGAACAGCUUGCGGAAACUCGGCCCUCUUUGGGGUUGAGUAUUGGGACGAAGGCAGUCAACCAGAAGAUAUCGACUCCUGGAUGGGCUGCAGUCCGUCCCUAGUGAGUAUCCUGUGCCGCACUGCUGAAAUAAGUCGAUUAAAGACCCGGGAUCAUAUAUCUCUCAACGUUCUCGAGACAGAAUCUGCGGAGCUAGAGCAGCGGCUAGAAGCUAUGCGGCUCCGGACGGAGAUAAGUCACACCGACAAUGCUUUGGUUUUGGCUGCAGAGCUCAAGCGCAAAUCUGUGCUCUUAUAUCAUCACUGCGUUCUGUACGAUGCGGGCCCAUCGACGCCGUUUGUUUGUCAGUUGAAGAGAGAGAUUCUAGAAGAGACAUGCGAGCUUGUCCAAGCUGGGUUCGCCGCUGGGCUGGCGUUUCCAAUCUUUGUCGCCGCAGUAGAGCUGCACCCGACAGAUGAUCAACUUUUCCAUAACGGGAAACAUGGUGAGCCGCUUAGCGGGAGACGACUGGUUUUGGAAAUGCUGGAAGCCAUGGAGAAAUCGUCUUUGUCCAAUAUUGCACGAACGAGAUCAGUUAUUCAGAAAGUCUGGCGCAUGCGGGACAUGUCGCUCGAGGAGGAAUACCAGCCUCCUCUUUCUGGGAAAGAGUAUAUCAACGACUGGGGCAUUUUCGUGGGUCCAUACAGCUCGAAUAUAAGUCUGUCAUAG